AUGUUUAACAUGCGGCGUGGAAGUGAUGCGCUGCAGCCCUAUUUGAGCGAAGAAGAGCAUGAGGAUUCGAUUGGCAUCCGGGCAUCAGAGGGCGAUGCUUUCAUUUCGGGAGAAAAACGACACAAUUCGUUUCAAAAUUCUUCGAGGCAAUUUUGGGUGCGGUUGUUGACAUAUAUCUUGUUGGCUGUAGCGUGGAUCCUGUCGAUUUUCUUUUCAAUGUACAUCGCAGGCCAGAGGGGACACUAUUGCGAGGGCCUAUCUGAAGUUGCUCCCACAGAGCUAUGGUCUGUGCAGCCUGCGAUUGAAGUUGAGAAAGUGCGUUUCAGUGGCACGCUCGAGUUCGACAACAACAGUACUCUCAUCUCUACAUAUUGGAACCCCAGUGCGCCAAAAUACACUGGCGAGCCGAGUGAAGAGCUAGAUGAUCUCUGGAAUGCUUUGAUCCAUCCCGAUGGGGUGGAUCUUCGCGGAGAGGAAGCGAAGUCAAUCUACGGAAAGACUUUUGAGAAACCGGGAGGCUGGUCGAUUGUCAGUAUAGAUGUCUUCCAUCAGCUACAUUGUCUGAACGUACUCCGUCAAGCCUUGCGCCCAGAUUACUACACCAGACAUGACCCAGAGCCCGCAUAUUCGAUACAUAUCAACCACUGCCUUGAUCAUCUCCGUCAAGCACUGAUGUGCCACGUUGACGUGACACCUAUCCCCGUCUUGUGGGCCGAAAAGGAAGAUCGUCCUCUGAAUGACUUUCAGGUGGAGCACACAUGUCGCAACUUUUGGAAGGUCAAGGAUUGGGCUAGGGAGCGUAGUGCGCACAAGCACGAGUACAAAGAUCCUCUGCCUCACUAG